UCUAAUGGGGUGGCUAUGGUCCUACAGGGCAAAAGCCAAACCAACACACCACAUGUUUAAGUUAUCAAAGUAGGUGAGUGUUGAUCUUUAAUAAAUUUAGAAAUAAAUAAAAGUACAAAUUUAUACAGAAAAAUUUAGCUUCACAGGUUUACUUCAAGAUCCCAAUAUUUUCAUAUAAUUCUUGCCCUCCUUUUACAAUAGGUCGCUGCUGUAUGCUAUACUUUUCCCAUCACAAAACACAAUGAUUAUCAUUUCAUGGCUCGUUUUGCCCAUAAAUGUAGUUGGUUGUGGAACUAUUUCGUUUCUCUGUCCUUCAUGCAUGAGGAAUUAUUCAAGUGUGCAUUUCGCUUGGUAGAACAAGAGCAAUGCAUUACUGAAAAUUGGCCCAUCUCUUUUUCUUGUUACAAGAAAUUGUGUCUUCUCUAUCUCAUGAAAUUCUCGAUAUUUGUGUUUCUCAACGAAAUGAAUAUUGUUAGAUUUUUCAAGUUUAACUAGAGUGAGAGGUUGUCUGGCUACGGGGACAUGCAUUUUGCUUGGGGGAAGGCCUGGCCCAAAGCUCAAGGCUAGUUAGAAAUUGUUAAUUUGUUUUGAGCCAACACAUUUUCCAUAUUGGGCAGAUUUGAGUAUGGACAUGGUAAUUAGGUCACGUAAGCCCAAUGUCCGGCCCAAGAAGCAACGUAAAAAGAGAAAAAAGCUUCAUUUGCAGAUAGAAACAUCUUCCACAUGUCCGUCUUUCGCAUAAUAUCAUUCAAGAUAAUAUUCUAACACAUGAUUUCAAGUCUCAAAGCACUACAAGAAUCUCAUAAACACCCUUGAUAUAUGAUCCUAUAAACAUGGCGUUGCUAAUUUCAACUCCCACAUCAUUGUCUUCGACUUCAUCAAGCACAAGAGUAGCUGCUAUUUAUCAACUAUCUUCUUCUUUUUCUUCCCAUAAGAACCCAAAAUUCAGUCUCUCCUCUUGGAUUUCUCAUCUGGGUAUUGCUCCUUUCUCUCAAUGGAGUGGUCUAAAGCAUCUGGGUGUUUCACUCAUGCCAAAAUUUCUUAGUAAAGAGAGGAAAAGAAGAUGUAAAAGUAUGGUGGUUCAUGCAUCUUUGUUUGGGAUUGGAGCUCCUGAGGCUCUGGUUAUUGGAGUGGUAGCUUUGCUGGUUUUUGGUCCCAAAGGUCUUGCUGAGGUUGCGCGUAAUCUAGGAAAAACUCUCCGUGCAUUUCAACCCACCAUUAGGGAGCUCCAGGAUGUUUCAAGGGAAUUCAAGACUACCCUUGAACGAGAGAUUGGUCUUGAUGACAUUCCAAGUCAAAGAGAAAACAUGUAUAGCUCCAACAGAGCAAACAUUGCGUCAGCCCCUUCAUCACCUGCGAGCAAUGAGAAUUCUCCUACUGAAGCUGACCCCAAUGGUGCUCCAUCUCAAACUACAGCAUAUACGAGUGAGGAGUACUUAAAAAUCACUGAAGAGCAGCUAAAAGCAUCUGCUGCGCAACAGCAAGUACAGACACCCGCUUCAGGAGAAAGUCAAUUUGAAUCUCGAAGUGAACCUCAAGUUACUAUUAGAGAAACUGCUGGUGCAAAGCCGCCUCCACAAAAACCAGAAAAUGAAGAAUAAGACUUCUCAGGAAAGGUAUUAAUACGAACCACAGCAGCUUCAAAGCCUAAAGUGAAUCAGUUGACAUAAGCCUCAAGAAAGAGGGAAGUGGAGCUUUUUCUCUUCUUUUUCCUCUAAUCUCUCUUUCUUUCUUUUUUUUAAUUUUUGGCGGGGUUUGAGAAGAUUGGAGUGAACUUUGGAAAGGGCAAAACGAUGAGUUGGGUUUCUUGGAUUGUCUGUAAAAUAUAAUUUUGUAUCAGUGCCGAUGCUGGUAAUGGUAAGAAAAACUGAAUUUCAAGAAUGAAAUAGGUUUUUGCUUCCUCA